AGAAAGAUAGAAGGAAGGAGUGAGGGUGGGGGAGAAGGAAAGAAAGACGAGCAGGGUGGAAGGGAGGGAGGGAGGACAAAUAAAGAAGAGUUAAAUAGAAACCCUUUGGUGCCGAGGGCCAGGGGCCGUGUGAUGCGCGCAUAUGUCUAGACUCGGAGGUACCCAGGUUCUGGGCACAGCACAGCAGGUGAAGAAGACGUCCGCCGAGCACACGGCGGUACUUAACUUUGUUGCUGCUAAACGGAGCAAACUAUCGUCUAAAGUCUCGCUUACGGAGAUUGACGAUAUCGAGAAGAUGACGGAUACGGCCGCGGCGACCACGGCCACGACCGAUACCACACAGAAGAGGGCCAAUUUUUCCGCAUUGACCGUUGCCAAUCCGAAUGGCGUAAGCAAAAUAUCGCCAAGUUUGGCAACUGCUAAACCUGGCUCCGCGAGAAAACUUGUCAUCAAAAACUUCAAAAAUAAACCAAAAUUACCAGAAAAUUAUCAAGAACAAACAUGGGAAAAACUGCAAGAAGCUGUAAUCGCAAUACAAACGAGCAAAAGUAUUCGUUAUUCUUUAGAAGAACUUUAUCAAGCCGUCGAGAAUAUGUGUAAUCACAAAAUGGCAUCAACUCUAUACGCCAAUUUAACAAUAUUGACGGAAUCACAUGUAAAAGCUAAUAUCGAACAGUUUUUAGCAGAAUCCAUGGAUAGACAUAUAUUUUUGAAAAAAAUGAAUGAAUGUUGGCAAUCGCAUUGCAGACAAAUGAUUAUGAUAAGAAGUAUCUUUUUGUACCUGGAUAGAACAUACGUGUUACAAAAUCCAACAAUAUCUUCAAUUUGGGAUAUGGGAUUACAUUUGUUUAGAUUACACAUAGUACUGAAUAAUUUGGUACAAACUCGUACAGUUGAAGGGUUACUUAUGCUGAUUGAAAAAGAACGACAAGGGGAUACAGUUGAUAGAACUCUUUUAAAAUCAUUAUUAAGAAUGUUGUCUGAUUUACAAAUUUACCAAGAGGCCUUUGAAUCUAAGUUCCUGGUAGCAACUGAGAGAUUAUAUGCAGCAGAGGGUCAAAGAUUAAUGAAUGAGCACGACGUUCCUGAAUAUUUAGCACAUGUAGACAAACGUCUGCAAGAAGAAAAUGAACGUUUAUUGCACUAUCUCGACACGUCGACAAAAUGGUCUCUCAUACAUACAGUCGAAAAGCAAUUAUUGUCCGAACAUAUUUCAAGCAUUCUACAAAAAGGUUUAAGCGGUUUAUUAGAUGAAAAUAGAAUUAGCGAUUUAUCAUUACUUUAUAAUUUAUAUAGUCGAGUAAAAAAUGGUCUCGUCGAACUUUGUCUCAACUUUAAUUGUUACAUAAAGAAAAAGGGUAAAACAAUAGUUAUAGAUCCAGAAAAAGAUAAGACUAUGGUACAGGAACUUUUAGAUUUUAAAGACAAAAUGGACAAUAUUGUUAAUACGUGUUUUCACAAAAACGAAAAAUUUGCUAAUAGCUUAAAAGAAGCUUUCGAAGCUUUCAUCAAUCAAAGAGCAAACAAACCAGCAGAAUUAAUUGCUAAAUUUGUCGAUUGUAAGCUACGUGCAGGUAAUAAAGAAGCAACGGAGGAAGAACUAGAACGAUUAUUAGAUAAAAUUAUGGUAUUAUUUCGUUUUAUACACGGAAAGGACGUAUUUGAAGCAUUUUAUAAGAAAGAUUUAGCAAAACGUUUGCUAGUAGGCAAAUCUGCCUCGGUUGAUGCCGAAAAGUCCAUGUUAUCUAAAUUAAAACAAGAAUGUGGUGGAGGAUUUACUAGUAAACUAGAAGGAAUGUUCAAAGAUAUGGAAUUAAGUAAAGAUAUUAAUAUUGCUUUCAAACAGUAUGCUGGAAACUUGCAACAUGAAUUAUCCGCAAGUAAUUUAGACUUAACAGUCUCGAUACUUACAAUGGGAUAUUGGCCAACAUACCCUGUAAUGGAAGUUACAUUGCCAACAGAAAUGGUCCAGUAUCAAGAUGUAUUUAAUAAAUUUUAUUUAGGAAAACAUAGUGGAAGAAAGUUACAAUGGCAACCAACUCUAGGACAUUGCGUGUUAAAAGCUUGGUUUAAUCAGGGCAAUAAAGAAUUGCAAGUAUCAUUAUUUCAAGCCUUAGUCUUAAUAUUAUUUAACGAUGCUGAUAAUCUUUCAUUGGAAGAUAUUAAAGCAGCGACUAACAUUGAAGAUGGCGAACUUAGAAGAACUUUACAAUCUUUGGCUUGUGGAAAGGCCAGAGUUUUACAGAAACACCCGCGUGGUAGAGACGUCGCUGACAACGAUAGAUUUGUUUUUAAUGCAGAAUUUACGAAUAAGUUAUUCAGAAUUAAAAUAAAUCAAAUACAAAUGAAAGAAACGAACGAAGAACAAAAAGCAACAGAGGAAAGAGUGUAUCAAGAUAGACAAUAUCAAAUUGAUGCAGCAAUAGUCAGGAUUAUGAAAAUGAGAAAAACACUUACGCACAAUCUCCUCAUUAGUGAAUUAUACAAUCAAUUGAAGUUCCCUGUUAAGCCUGCUGACUUAAAGAAACGGAUUGAGUCGCUCAUAGACAGGGAUUACAUGGAACGGGAUAAAGAUAAUGCAAAUCAGUACAAUUAUGUCGCGUAACCUAAAUCAAAUGCCAAAAUUACGUUAGGUUGGUUCAAUUUUACAUUUUUUAAGUAAAAUGAAUCAAUUAAUUUUGGCGCUUGCCUAUUGUGAAUGUGUAAAGUUGAAGAAAGGAAAGAAGAACUUUAACUGGUUAACUAUCAACAUAACGUUGCAGUAUACAAUCAGUUCGUAAAAAGAAAAAAAAGGAAAAACUAGAAUGGACUUUGUUGUUUUAUUUUUUUUGUAGUAGUGCAUACGGACACUGGACAGUUACAGUAAUUUUUCAACAGUGCUUUACUGUUAUCCUUGUGUUAUUUCUAGAUUUUGCUAAAAAAAAAAAA